AUGGUGAAAGAAAUAACAAAAAUUCGAGCCAAAACAUCUACGGAUGAUGAGUUGCUGAAGGAAUGCAAAGAAGAGGCCGAAUGCAACACCUGCGACUCCAUCACUUGGACUGAGCCAAUGAAAGGCACUCGAAUAGAUCCUCCUCCAAACACUGUUGCUGUUGUCGUGGAUCUAAUUCAUACCCGAGGGGCAAUUCCGAGCACCCGCGACACUGACCACGGCAACAAUAAUCUCGAUGAGGUUUUCCCGUAA